GCAGUCGGAAGAGAAAGAAGGCGGGGGUUAUCUCGUGAGGAAGCAAAGAAGGAAAGAAUUGUCGUAGAGAGAGGGAAGAUUCGUUUCUCCCUAUAUGUGUGUUUUUCUGUUUGUGAAGAAGAAAAUCUCAUCCUCUCCACCCCGAAUCGGAUCUUCUUCGAUCCAUCGAAAAUCUCUCUUCCUACAGUCUAAUUCUAGAAAGUUUUGAUCGAUUUGAUUAGUAUUUUUUUGAUCUUCCUAGGGUUUUCCAAUUGUUCAGUCGAUCAUAUCAUUAUUUAUUUUUUUAGUUCUUUUUAGGGGCUUUCCGAUUGAUUAAUCGAUCUUAAUUGUUAUUUCAAACCAGAGAGGUGUUUUUGGCAACCUGAAUUCCAAUCUUUGGAGUUUUUUUGUUUAUCAUUUAGAAAAAAUUCGAAGCCCUUAUUUUGCAAAACAGAAAUCCCCAAAAGAAAAGUAUAAUUUUUGAUGGCUACAGCAACUAAUCCAAUCCCUAGUUCUUCUUCGGCUCAUCAAUCCCCUAGCAGUCCCAAUUCAAGGUGGGCCGGCUCCUCUCCCUUGACUCAGAUUGUCCGUGACUGCGAUUCGGAUUAUAUCAUCUCUUCCUCUUCCUCUUCCAUCACUGCGGCUGUGGCUGUAAACGGGAUUUCUCUGCAUUCUCCCUCCUUGUCUAGUGUUGUUGCCAGGGAGGCAAAUGCGAAUUCCUCUUCUUCUGAUUCUUCCCCUUCAGGAGCUGCUUCUACGCUGGUAGCGGUAGCUGGUUCUAUGACUUGUCCUACGGUGGAGAGUGCUGCUGCUGCUGCUGAGACUCCACCGGAGAACACUGAGAAUGGUGGGGGAAGCAGCAACGGAAGCAAUGCUACUAAGAAACCGGCUUGGAAUAAGCCUUCAAAUGGUGCUACUGCAGAAAUUAGCGCUGUAAUGGGGGCGGAGUCUUGGCCUGCUCUCUCUGAAUCCACCCGUGCAUCUACCAAGAAGUCAUCUUCAUCUGAUUCUCUCAAAGCUCUGUCUGAUGGAACAGUCUCUUUGCAGGGUACUGGAGUAGGUUUUUCAUCUACCUAUAAACAAGAGACCAGUAGUAACACAAACCCUAAUUUAACACCCCACAAUGUCGGCCCUACCCGGCAGAGGUCUAUGAAGCAUGUUGGCGGGGGUAUGAGCAAUAGUGAUGGAUCGGCUAGUGACUAUGUUUCUCGGUCACUACCACCAGAAGGUGCAGCGGUGGAACUAGUCUCUAAUAAUUUGGGUAAGUCAGGUGGCUCUGCUGGGGAGUCUUCUGCGAGGGAUAUCACAAAUAGGGAGAGUGGGCAAAGUGGAGGAUCACAUGGUGGGAAUGUGCUACAACAUCAGCGGAAUUCAUUUAGAAGAGGCAGUGGUGGUCCACACCCUCGAGGGGAUGUCGCCCAUUAUCAUGGCCGUGGUGGCAGGCGUGAUCGGGAACGUGGGAAUCAGGAUUGGGAUACUUAUCGAAAUUUUGGCAGCAGAGAAGGCAAUAUGCCGCAGCAGAGAGUUGCUUCUAGGCCUUUCAUUCGUGGUCCAGCUUCUAGUACGCCUUAUAUUUCCCCUCCUCCUUUGGCUGUGAGACCACCCUUCGGCACUCCGAUGGUUUACACUGAAGUGCAUUCUCCUGUAUUUUAUGUUACAGGCACUCAACCAGAUUCCCUCAGGAUGCCUAUGGUUCCAAUUCGGCCUAUGUUUUUUCCUGUGACAGAUCCUCACUUGUCUAACAAGAUAAUGUAUCAGAUAGAUUAUUAUUUUAGUAAUGAGAAUUUAGUUAAAGAUACCUUCUUGCGCCAGAACAUGGAUGAAGAGGGAUGGGUUCCAAUUCAGUUAAUAGCAGGUUUUAGGAAAGUCAUGGAGCUGACAGACAAUAUUCAACUUAUACUGGAGGCUGUACAGGCUUCAAACAUUGUGGAAGUACAGGUCGAUAAAGUGAGAAGGAAAAAUGAUUGGAUGAAAUGGAUAAUGCGACCCAUUCAGAUGUGAAAAUAUCGUCAUUUGGAAUUUGCCUGGGUGUGGUCUUAAUUUCGUUCAUGUUAUCGUGGUUUGGUCGUUGGCACCAGGAAUUUUGAUUCUCCUUUCCCAUUUGCCCCUUAACUUCUCUCUCUUGCUUUCGCUUUUUGUCUGUGGCUACAUGACCUGUUUCUGGAGACUGUCAUAUGAACAUGUUGAUGGAAUUGGGAAGGAUUAUGUUGGAUGUUGCUACACUCGUUACUGUAUUCUAUUGGAUUUGUGGUUAUCUUGCUAUGUUUUUAUGUUGCAUUGCGUGCAAUAUCGAAGAUUACAUUUUUUAUGUA